AUGCACACACAUAGCUAAGAGGUAGAGAAGCACAUUAUUCCAGUGGAAGCGGUACCACCAGCUGCAAGCUGUCUAUCUUAACGCUCUCUUAAACAGAGAAGAUUUCCUUUGUUAUUAAGGCUUGACAAGAAGGCCACAUAGGAGGCUGUGUGGUCCAGUGGUUAAAGAAAAGGACUUGUAACCAGGAGGUCCCUGGUUCAAAUCCCACCUCAGCCACUGACUCAUUGUGUGACCCUGAGCAAGUCACUGAACCUCCUUGUGCUCCGUCUUUCGGGUGAGACGUUGUUGAACAGGAAACUGCUGCAGCCGCCACUAUGGCAACCAUUGCCAUGGAGCAGCUGGGCCGGCUGUUCAUCAGCCUCCAGCAGGUGCGAGGGAUCCCCAGGAUGCUGGACGAGGCUGCCCCCUCCCUGCCCUGCACCCUGAGAGAGAGCGAGGUGCCCAGGGUCUUCCGGGAGCGCCACAUCAACGCCGGCUACCGCCCCAGCCACCAGAACUGGCGCUACUACUUCCUGUCCCUCUUCCAGCGCCACAACGAGACGAUCAACGUGUGGAGCCAUCUCCUGGCAGCUCUGGUGGUCCUCAUGAAGUUCAGCCAGCUGUCUGAAAGCGUGGAUUUCCUGUGGGACCCCCACGCUUGGCCUCUGUUCAUCCUCCUCCUGUCCUCUUUCACCUACAUGACCUGCAGCGCGCUGGCUCACCUGCUGUCAGCCAAGUCGGAGCUCUGCCACUACUCUUUCUUCUUCCUGGACUACACAGGGGUGGCCGUCUAUCAGUAUGGUAGCGCUCUGGUCCAUUUCUACUAUGCCAUAGAGGAGGGCUGGCACACCCAGGUCAAGGGCUUCUUCCUGCCCACCGCUGCCUUCCUGUCGUGGCUCUCCUGUGCCGGCUGCUGCACAGGCAAGUACAAAAGCCACAUGCUACCCAAGUGGGUCCGCAAGCUGGGCCAAGUGGUGCCUUCGGGCCUGGCCUAUGUCUGGGACAUCAGUCCCGUUAUCCUCCGGAUAUACAGCUGCUUCCCCUGUGCCGGCGACCAGGCGGUCUCCUACCACAUUUACCAGGUGUCGUUCUUUCUAGCCAGUGCUUUGUUCUUCACAUACCCUCUGCCUGAAAUGUGGUUUCCAGGGAGGUGCAACUUCUUGGGCCAGGGCCACCAGGUUUUCCACGUGCUUCUGGCCCUGUGCACGCUCGCCCAGAUCGAGGCCUCGCACCUGGAUUACCUAGCCAGACGGCCCCUGUACAGCCGGCUUCAUGGGGACUCAUCCGGGUUCCUCAUCUGGGCUCUGUUGGCAGCCACUGCGCUCAGCAGUGCCCUGACCGCUGUCUAUGCCAGACGCAAAGUCUGCAGUAUAAUCAACCGCAAAGACAAGUGAGUCAAGCUGGACAUAAAGAAUGUGCUGCACGCGUCGGAUUGAGAUCAGACACUUUGCACCAGCAGUUCAGCCAAGAUGAACAGAUUCCAUACAGAAUUCUUCACAGCUGGAUAAAUCCACUUGCCCUGCAUCCUUUUUUUUAUAGUGACCUUGUUGUGUUUCUAAAAUGAUCCGUUACAAUCAGACAGUUUUCCUACUAGGGUGUGUUGCCUUUAAAUAUGUACAAGCGUGAGUUGAGCAUAUUACUCCAAAACCUGUUCACAAGCCCUUAAGACAACAAGCCGUUCACUAAACUCAGAGAUAGCAUAGGAGAAAUAGAUUCACUAUGUUAUUUCUGUGCUUUGUUACUGCUCAGACGGUUUAUCUUAGCACCUUAUGCUUACUUUAUGGGUUUACUCACAGUCUCUGAAUUUGACUUUCAUAGCAUGAGUUGUUUUCUAGGUUGGUGAAUUCCAUCAACACAUUUAAACAGUCACAGUUUAGUGUAAUGCAGUCCAGUGGAAGGCUCUAGAGAUAGAUAUGGCUCCCUGAGCUCCACAGGAUGGCUCUUUUGAUCUGGUGGUGAAGCUUGAUAUUUAAGACAGUUAAUGAGUUUGAUAAUAGAAGGAUAAACGGUUGUUGUUGGUAGAAGAUACGGUUAAAAUGAACACAACUGACAUGUUUAGCAAAACAAUACAGAAUCUGUGUCUUGGGUAUCUAGUGAAACAAACUGCAAACAAACUAAUCCAGUAAAGGGACCACAAUAUACAAACCAGACCUUGAAUGUGUACGUUUUUUCUUAUUUGUUUUCCAAUUGUAAAUUGUAAUACAUACAUAUUCCUGUGUCCAUUGGAAUUAGAAUUAUGUUUUUAGAAUACGGGGGUGACCGCUUUAGGAUUACUUACAAGGGCAGCCCCAUGCAGAUUGUGUGUAUAUCAUUGCUUGUCUAGAAAAAAAGGUAUGAAAGAUUUGAUCAAAUAUGUUUGUUUUUUUAAUUUGUUAAGUUUGGUGUAACAUGACCUGGCACCAUAAAGCAGGUCCAAACAUGUGCUGGAAGUAAGGUCUGAAGAAGAAACUGAAGGAAGUGUUCAAAUAGAACAUGUUUGACUGCAGCUUUUGAACUUACCCUUAUAAAAGCUUACCAUAGUAAAAGCAUAGCAAAGUAAAGCACAGUGAAAGCAUGGUAAAGCAUUGCAAGGUAUGUUAAAGAAUAUUAGGAAACAUGGCAAAGCAGAGUAAACGAUGGUAAAAGCAUAGUAAAACCAUGCACAAAUACUGCAGUGAAGUUGUGGAAGGGUACACCUGAAUACCACAUGCAUAAAAAUAUCUGAUGGCCAAGAAGAAUCGAAAAAACACAGGAUACAUUUCAUUUCAUUUCAUUCGUAUUCCUAAAUGAAACACCAUUGAGUGUUUUAUAGUUAUGAAAAGAACACAGCCUGUUAGCAGAAAGAAAGUCUGGUUUGUUUAUUGCGGUACUACCUUCUUCAAUAUGAAUUUACAAUUUGAAAAGGACCUGUUUAAUUGAACCCUGAUGAGUGUCUCGCAUCCUGUCUGAAGGGUCCCUAGGUUAAUCUAGUUUCCCAUUUUGUUUAUUACUGGCUCAGUUCUGACGCAAACCAGCGUGGGCACCGCAGGAGCUGUUUGUCUGACUCACUGCUGUUGUCUUGGCAACCCUUAUUGAAUGAGUGGGCGCUGGCAGGCCCAAGUCAUUUUAAACAGUUUUCAAGGGAAUAAGAACAUUGCUUCUAACUGUGUGUGUAGCUGUUACCGGUUAUUAGAUUGCUGGAGAUGAUGUUUGUGUCACAGGCAUUAGUUUAGACUUACAAGCACUUCUUUUUACGUUUUGAAAAGCAUGUAUUCAAGGUAACUGUCAUGUGUUUUCAAACUGGCUUUAAAAUGAAUGCCAACAGGAGCACCAGCUGUGCUUCACCCAGUCCUGGGGUUCAAAACUACCUGCAAUGAAGCGUGUUUCUGAAAUGAUCUGGAGCCAGGAGUAUGAUGUGUAAUAAAAUGUUCCACUCGUAUCACUGCAAGAAUAACUCCUGUUAGUACAGACUCAGAUUAGUCAUGCUGUGAUAAAUGUGAUCCGUUCAGAGCAGAUUUACCAGCGGUCUGAUUUCUCAAACUCCUGGUACGGGGUCAUUUCAAUUGAAAACAGUACAGGUGCACAUUUAACCCUUUAAAUAACUUGUUUCAUCCUUCUUUUAAACAAUUGUGGAUCGACAGAACAUUUGGGAAAUGUCUAUGAUACAAUAUCUGUUUAUUGGUGUUUCAAUAUAUAAAGCUGCAUGUGUGCGAUCGUGGAAUUAUUCAUAGUAAGUUAACAGUGUCUUUAAAAAACCUUCAGACCUCUAAAUGUAUUGUUCAAGUAUUUGCCGAGUACAUGUGUGUACUGUGUGUAUGUGUUUUAACCAGACUGUCAGUGUUAACCCUUAAGUGACCUUGUACUGCAUCUAUCACCUUGAAAGAUAAAGGCUUUAGUGAAGUCUGUCGGUUCAACUUGUAUUUGAUUUUUUUUUUGUUUUUAAUUGGGAAGCAACUGAGCAGUCUCAAUCCGUUUUAGAAAGGAAUUCCCCAGGAUACACUAACAGCUAAUCUUCAGAGGAAUCUUGGCUGUGUGCCAUGGCAGGUCUGAGAUUAGGACGAGGGAACGUCUGGAUCUAGGGUUGUGUUUGCACUGUUACAGUCUCAGUCAGGUCUCUUUGGUUGGGAUCAGUUUGCUUGAUCCUUUUUCAUGACUUACACAUUUAAAAAAGCCUGGUCCUGAUGCAGUACAAAUGGGCAGAGCCACUUAGCCCUAUUUCUUUACAACUUGGCCCCUUUGUGGAUGUCACAUGUUUAUAUGGCUAAUCAGUUUAUUCUAACUGUACUGUGUACUAUAUAUACAGUAAAUAUAUGACAUGGUCAUAACAGAGUGUAACCUUGGAGCUACAGCUUAGCAACUCAAAUGAAAACCAAGCUAUCUAACAAACACAGUGUAAACACAACCUUUAUUCCAACUGCCAGGGGAUAGUGCCUCCAAAUACAAUGUACUUAACUUAAAAUCAUUAUAUAUAUAUAUAUAUAUAUAUAUAUAUAUAUAUAUAUAUAUAUAUAUAUAUAUAUAUAUAUAUAAUACCAGGGACACAAAUAAUAGAAAAUGAACUAAUAUAGAGAACAGAUUGCCAAAUAAUAUAUAUUUAAGAUUAAUAAUACAGAAUAAAAAAGUAUUAAGAAGUAUGUGAGUAUGAAUAAAUUGCUGUUGUUUGCAUAGAUUGUGUAAAUGCAAGUAUGCAAUUACAUGUGUAAUUCAAAUUCAAUAAAUAUCAAUAGAAAUAUGUUUCCUUGCUCUCAUUAGCACUGGCUGUAUUGUCACUGGACACUCUCUUGUUCUGUUGAAGAUCCUUUGGUUCUUUAACUUGGACUCUUUCUAGCUGUAGAAGUAAAGGUUGCUGCUGCUUCCUGGUACACGAUCACUUCCUCCGCUGAAGCUCGGGCCAGUGGAAUUAAACCAUGUGACCUACAGCAUAGGAAGUGAUCUGAUACCAGGAAGAAAAAAAGGCAGUGAGCAUGGUAUUUAAAAUAAACUGUAACUCCCAAAUAAUCUAUAAAAAUACAGAGUCAAAAGAUUGUGUGCAUGGUGCCGCUUAUUGUCUUGUGGCACAGUGUGGGUGAGAGAAUCUCAAUGGGAAGCUAAGCUAAUAAGGAAUGAAAUGGAUUUUCAUUUUGAUCAGCACAAGAUGAUUACUAGUCAGCACAGUCGGGAUGGAGUUGGCCAGUCUGUGUUGAAUGUGGAAGCUUGUUGUUUUUGCUCUCGUAUACUGCCAUGCGUUUUCUUAAUGAGAAACAGAUUUUAAAUAAAUGUUUA